ACCUCCGGCUCUCGGGCGGGGCGGGAGGUAGAGAGGAGGGGUGAGGGAGGGGUCGCCGCGGUCUAAGAGCGACAGGCAGCCGAGGAGUCAGUGGUCCCUGCGUGAUGGCCGCCUCGGUGUUCUGCUGCCUGCGGUGCUGCAGAGACGGCGGAACGGGGCACAUUCCUCUGAAGGAGAUGCCGGCCGUGCAGUUGGACACGCAGCACAUGGGAACAGAUGUUGUUAUUGUAAAAAAUGGAAGAAGAAUAUGUGGAACAGGAGGUUGUUUAGCCAGUGCACCUUUACAUCAAAACAAAAGCUACUUUGAAUUCAAAAUCCAGUCCACAGGAAUCUGGGGUAUUGGUGUUGCAACUCAGAAAGUUAAUUUGAAUCAGAUUCCUCUCGGCCGAGAUGUGCACAGUCUGGUGAUGAGAAAUGAUGGAGCUCUAUACCACAACAACGAGGAGAAAAACAGGCUGCCAGCCAACAGCCUUCCACAGGAGGGAGACGUGGUGUUGAUGACAGUGCAAUUUUGGAUUGCCAGUUCAGUGAAUUUUAUCAUACUCCUCCACCUGGUUUUGAAAAAAUACUAUUUGAACAGCAGAUCUUCUGAAUGUAUUUGUUUUUGAAACUUGUACUUCUGCACUGUUAAAAGUGUUUACCAUUUAAUAAAGCUUUACCUGACUUAUAGAUGAAAAUAUAUUAUUAAAAAUAUGCUUGUUAAUAUUGUUUCAGGAACCAAUGUGUUCAAUAUAUCACCCCAAAAUUGUGAUUUAAAGUACUUAUGUUUUGUGAUAUGAAGUCAGCAUUUUGGGCAGUUUAUUUAAUUCUUAUUUAAGUAAAUGUAACUAUGGGUAUGAUUAACAGUAUUAAGUUGAAAUAUGUAUAUAUAUUUAAAAGGGAAUCUGUCUUAUAUAAAUUAUUUGUUUUGGUAGAGUUGGGUGGGUUUUUGUCAUUUUGAAGUUUAGAUCUCAUUAACUAUUUUAAGUUUGCAGUCCAAUAAUUUUGUGUCUCAUGUUCUUUUUUAUAGAGUAUAACAAGUGACAGAGAUUUAUAUUAUUGGCAACUUCACUUUUAGCAAUUUAUUUACUGUGAGAUGUAUCAUUUUCUUAAAAUUUAAAUUGCCUAGUUUGUUUGUAUGUCUUUGCUUUUGAUUUGCUUUGUGAAAAGAGAUAAGUGUUCUAGUAUUGAAGACCAUUAUGCUGUGUUACUUCAAUUCCAGAGUAAGUAGUGGUGAUUAGUGAUAGAGUACACACUGGCAGACACUUAGAAUAGGGAUGCUUUAAACUUAAAUGUAAAUGAGAUUAUUCUUUUAGGGACUUUUAUUUAAAUGUAUUUUUUUCUGUAAGGAAUAAUAAAAUAAUAGUAAUUAAUGAAUAUUCAGUACUAUAUUAAAUACAUUUUCUUCUGCUCUGUUAAUUAUACAGUAAAUUCACUUCACCCUUAAUUAUUUCAGAACUUUAGAGAUAAAUGAAUCCUCUUCAUGACCCUAAGCCUUUACAUAAUUUUCAGCAAGAAUCUUUGAGUUUAUACCCUACUAACCCAAAGUAAUCACUGUACACAUCUCAGUAGAGUCUCCUUUUCAAAUGAACAUGCCAAGGAUGCAUGCAUUUCACUCCUUCGAUAACAAGGGAUCCAUAUGUUGUACUAGAAAAACAUGGGCAUUAGAAUCCAAGCUCUGAAUUGUAGUUUUACCUCCUAAUUCCAUUAUCUCCUCAGGCGAGUUUUUCAGUCUCUCUCAGCCAAGAUACCCCAUUUACAAAAUAAAUAAUCAUAUUUUUAAUAACAUUUUAUAACUAGUUAAAUAAGGUAAUAUAUGUAAAACACCUUAAUCAUCAUAGGCACUUAAUGAAUGUAGCUUGCUUGUUGACUCCAACACAGUGGUUUUCAUAGUGUGGUCAUCAGCAUCACCUGGGAACUUGCAGGAAAUGCACAUUCUCAGGCUCCACUCACUGAAUCCGAAACUACUGGGGAUAGUGCCCAGGAAUCUGUGUUUGAACAGCCCUUCAGGGGAUUUUAAUACACACUAAAGUUUGAGAACCACUGCUCAAGAGAGAAUUCUUUGAGAAUGGUUGUCUACUAUAAAUUUUCUAAGGAUUUAAGACAAACUAUUUUUGACCUGUAGAUAAGAGAAUCCUGUACAGUAUUUAUUUUUUUGCUUAUUUGGUAGACAAACACAUGAUAUUGUGCUUUGAAAACAUUGAUAUACUUGAUUAACAUUUAUUAACAUAAAUCCCAAAUUUUACCUCUGAAGGUUGUUCAUAUUGAAAAUAAUACAAUAAUUAAUAAAUAAUAAUACAAGAAUAAACUGUUUCAUGUACUCACAGCUGCAAACCUACUUUUGCCCAACCCUGUAUAUAGACCCGAACUAACUAUAAUAUUUAUGCAUUUUUGUCUUUCUUAGUAAUUUUAAUUAAUAGAGAAUAUGCUUACUUAAGAAAGUAAACUGAAAUGACUGUUUGUUGUCUUUAUAAUGUUAUCUACCUCUUAGUUAUUUUUUAAAGCAUACCUUUUUUUAUCAUCA